UCUCACCUUUUUCAGAAGAAAAAACCUUUGUUUGAAGCUCUCUCAAUCAACUAUUGAGCAAACCAUGGGUAACUGUCUCUCAAUCUCAAUCUCGGUAGAUCCAGCUGGUUGUCGAUGCUGGAACUGUGUUGCUGGACAAGCACGAUACAUUUGUAAGCUUGAACAAAAUCUUCAAGCAUUGGAGGCUGAGGCAAAAAGAUUGACAGAGCAAAGAGAUGACGUAAAUAGGAGGGUUCUUCUUGCGAAGGAGCAGCUCAUGGAGCCCCUUAAAAGGGUAGAAGGAUGGCUUGAAAGAGUGGAGAAAGAGAUAAAAGAAGUUGAGCAGAUAAUAGGAGAUGCUCCUGCGCAAAUUGAUAAUUUGUGCCUUGGAGGUUACUUUUCGCAGAGCUGCUGUUCAAGCUACAAGUUUGGGAAAAAAGUAGUACAAAAGACUAGAGAUGUGGCUAAUCUAAGAACCGAAGGAGAUUUUCAAGACGUUGCUGAGAGGUGCCCAGCUGCUUCAGUGGUUGUAAGAUCCAGUGAGCCUACAGUGGGUUUGGAGUCAACAUUUGACAAGGUUUGGGCAUGCCUUACUGAUGAAGGCAGCAACAUCAUUGGCCUCUAUGGCAUGGGCGGAGUCGGGAAGACAACUCUCUUAAAUCAUAUCAACAAUGAGCUGGGACGGAGAAGAAAUAAUUUUGAUAUUGUGAUUUGGGCAACGGUGUCUAAAAAUCACACUGUCGAGAAAGUUCAAGAUGAGAUUGGAGGAAAGAUUGGUUAUAGUGAUCAGAGAUGGAAACAAAAAAGUUAUGAUGAAAAAGCUACUGACAUCCUUGCAGUGUUGAGUAAAAAGAAAUUUGUGUUGCUUUUGGAUGACAUAUGGGAACGAGUUGAUUUAGUUAAAGUUGGGAUACCUAUUCCAAGACAGGGAAAUGGUUCCAAGCUUAUCUUUACUACUCGUUCUCUUGAUGUGUGUGGUCAAAUGGAAGCUCAUGAGAAGAUUGUGGUAGAUUGUUUGGCGCCGGAGAAAGCCUGGGAAUUGUUUCAAAUAAAAGUUGGAGAAGAAACCCUUGAUGGCCAUCCGCAAAUCCGAGGACUAGCAAAGGAAAUGGCGGAAGAGUGCAAGGGUCUGCCUCUUGCCCUCAUCACUGUAGGUCGGGCUAUGUCAUCCAAGAAGACACUUGAACAAUGGGAAUAUGCAAGACGGAUUCUAAGGAGGUCAGUUGCUAAUCAUGUACUUCCAGGUAUGAGGAAAGACGUGUAUCCACUGUUGAAAUUCAGUUAUGACAAUUUGCCUGAUGACAAGCUCAAAUCAUGCUUCUUAUACUGCGCCUUGUUUCCAGAAGAUUUUCUGAUAAGCAAAUGUGAGCUGAUAGACUAUUGGAUUGCAGAAGGAUUUCUAGAUGAAGAUGACAUUAUCUGUGAUCGCAAUGAAGGCCAUAACAUUAUUUGUACUCUUCUUGGCUCAUGUUUAUUAGAAGAAGUUGAUGUUGAGCAGGUGAAGAUGCAUGAUGUGAUUCGUGACAUGGCUUUGUGGAUAGCAAGUGAAAUUGAAAAGGAAAAAUAUAUAGUGAAAACUAGUGCCCAAUUAACUGAAGCACUGGAGAUUGAAAAUUGGGGGAUGAUAAAAAGAUUGUCAUUGAUGAACAAUGGGAUUCAGAGUCUAAGGGGAGCACCUGAUUGUCCUGAUCUCCAAACCUUAUUUCUUGAAAAUAAUUGGUUGCUAUCAAUGAGGUUAGGCAAGGACUUUUUCCAAAAUAUGGUCAGUCUAACAGUUUUGAACUUAUCAUCCAAUCUGUCUUUAACAGAAUUGCCAGUGGGAAUUUCAAAUUUAGAUUCCCUGCAGUGUCUCAAUAUCAGUCGUACUUUUAUAAGCGAGUUGCCGAUGGAGUUGAGUAGCUUAUCAAAGUUGAAAUGUUUGAACUUGGAGAGAACAUUGCGUCUUGAGACAAUCCCUGAAAAACUAAUUUAUAGUUUUUCAAGGCUGCAAGUGUUGCGGAUGGGGAAGACUGGUUAUUGGGCCAGCAGAGAGAUAAAUGGGAAUCUCAGCUUCAGCAGACUUGAGUGCUUGGAGUGCUUGAAAUAUUUGAAUGCCUUAACAAUAACUAUUUGUAGUGACUCUGCUCUUGAAGGUUUCUUAAGUUUUCACCACUUACAGGGUUGUACAGAAGAAUUAUACAUUGAUCAACCGGAGGAUGACUCUUUCUUUUCGCUGAAAACUUUAUGUUUACCACCUAUGAAGCGGCUUCAAUUUCUAUCAUUGGAAUUGACAAGUUUGGAAGAAGUGAAGAUCGAUUGGGAAAAGGAAGGAAGAGAGAUACAGACAGCAUAUUACUUUCAAACCUCUGUGAUUGUAAGUGAAGGAAACUUCUACAAUUUGUGGACGGUCGAGAUACAGUUCUGCCCAAAUUUAAAGGACAUUACAUGGAUCAUUUUUGCCCCAAAUCUGAGAAAUCUCUUUGUUUCUGACUGCCGUGGAAUGGAAGAAAUAAUUAGUGAGGGUGGAGCUGCAGAGAUGACCGGAGAUCUUAUCUUGUUUGAGAAACUCCAAAAUCUGGUUUUAUCUUCUCUACCAGAAUUGAAGAGGAUUCACAGGUUUGCACUUUCCUUCCCAUGUUUGGUUGCAAUUAGAGUAUUUGAUUGUCCAAAGCUGAGGAAAAUUCCACUUAGUUCCAACAGCGCAAAAGGGCGUAGAAUCAUCAUUAUAGGAAAGCAACAGUGGUGGAAUGAGCUAGAAUGGGAGGAUGAAUCCGCACGGGACACUUUUCUCCCGUCUUUCCAAAUUUAUUAAGAACUAGAAAUUUCCAAAAGAUAUUUUAAAUUGCUUCAAAGGAGGAUGAAUCCACAGGGAACCCUACCUUUCCUCGUUUGAGCAUCCUGUUUGGUUUGUGGGUGUGUAAUUGAUGAAUAAAAAUUAUGACAGUAG